ACUUUAUUGAAGACUCUUGCAGUAGGGGAAAAGAGACCUCGGUAUGGAACUGAGUUCAACUCAGAAUAUAGCACAGGCAAGUGAGAGUUUACAGCCAAGGAGCAGGGUAAAAUCAGUGGGUGGACACUUGCUGAGGGGAGACAUCAGGGCUGAGUGGGGAGUCUGGCUAAACUGAUCUGACAAGAUCUCUGCUGAGGGCAGGCUGGGGUGAUCACAUGUCACCUGGGGGUGAUAGCAGAUUUGAGGGUGACCGGGUAUCAGGGUGGGGGACUCUUGCUAAACUGAUGUAGCAAGGUUCUUGCUAGAACUGGAUUUUACAGGAGGAGCCCAGAUGGCCUAGGAGAAGGUUCGGGAGCCUGACUACAGGCUAGUCAGGCAAAGAAUCUUUGUCACCACUAGGAAAGAUGGGGUGGGAUGCUAUGGAAUAUGAUGAGAAGCUGGCCCGGUUCCGGCAGGCCCACCUCAACCCCUUCAACAAGGAGCCUGGGCCAAGGCAGCAUGAGCAGAGGGCCAGGGAGGAGGCCCCAGAAGUCGCUUCUGAAGAGGCCCUGCCUGAGCUGCCCCCUGGAGAGCCAGAGUUCUGCUGCACUGAGCGAGUGAUGGAUCUCGGCUUAUCUGAGGACCACUUUUCCCGCCCUGUGGGUCUGUUCCUGGCUUCUGACAUUCAGCAGCUGCGGCAGGCUAUUGAGGAGUGCAAGCAGGUGAUUCUGGAGCUUCCCGAGCAGUCGGAGAAGCAGAAGGACGCCGUUGUGAGGCUCAUCCACCUCCGGCUGAAGCUCCAGGAGCUGAAGGUGGGUGCUGACGUACCCCACCAUGGAGGCUACUGGAGCAAUGUGAGAAUGAAGUUCUAG